AUGCGGCUUCAAAAGCGCGCGUUAUUAUCCCCCUCCAGGGGAACAUUUCCGUCCCCGCAAGAAGCGUUUUCUUCUUCAGAAGCGACCGCUGUAAAGGCAUCGGGAAGAGGAAAUCAACCGAACGAGGAAGACACGUUCGUUUCGUUUUCGUUUUUCAUCGUCUUGAUGGCGUUGCCUGUCGUUUCCGUCUUGUUUAUGUGUUUAAGAUAUAUGUGCGAAAGGCAGUCCUCGAGACGAGAACGAAGAGAAAGAAGAGAGAGGGCGAGAGCGGCGCUGAGGACACAUUUUGUUUUGGCAUCGUCGUCUUUGCCAGAGACAAGCGCGGCGAAUGGUGAUUGGCGAAGAGAAGAAGGCGCAGGAGGGAGCGAUGCUUUGGUCGCGUUCCUCGCUGCGAAUGAUACUAGUAAUAAUAACGCUCGCCGCGGCGUCGUCGACGCGUCGACGAUCGAUCGAUUAGCGGACGCGGUCAUCGCCGGCGCCAAUCCAGGGUACAGAAGAAGACGCUCUUCGCGACGUCGACGACGAAUAGAGGAAAAUUCGAUAGAAUCGUAUCGCACGGAAGCGGUGAGAAGAGAUUUGAGGAGAGCGUUUAGAACGGGCGACUUCUCUAAUUACGAUAGAAACGUAUUGCACAGAGUCUUGCAAGAGCAGCUCCCCGGGAACGGCGCCAUGACUGAGAGCGACGACGACGACGAGGAAACGAGGACAAACUUCCGAAUCUCCGCCGAAAACGGGGAUACCCUAUUCGUCGCUGACGAACCAGGCCCAGCCUCUCGGAAAACGCUCCAAAGCCUUCCGUCGUGUAAAAUCGGAGACAAAAACUGGCAACUUUUCAUCGCAGGCCGCGCUCGAGACGACCUUCAAAAUCUCACCACCUGCGCGUUAUGUUUGGAAGACUUGAAAACCUUCCAAUCGAACCAACACCAAGUGAUCGUCCUCGAGUGCGAACACGUCUUUUGCAAAUCCUGCGUCAUCCCGUGGUUUCAAUUGCGCGCGUCCUGUCCAACCUGUCGAAGAGUCGUGUUCGCCUAUUCAAAGGAAGACAGAGAGAGCGUGUUUUCGCCGCCGCCUCUCCUCGAAGAGGUACCAAGCGCCGUCGUCGCGAAAGAAGAAAAAGAUGCUCCCCGGGAAAAAGACGUCGAAGCAGCCGUGCCGGCGUGA